AUGUGGAAUAAGGAAUUUAGAUUUAGUAAUACGUCAUUCUAUGGCUACAAUACCUGUCAAUAUUUCCUUCAUGAAAACUGCUUUAACACUCCUCGUUUUCUCAAUCAUUCAUCUCAUCCUUCCCAUCCUUUGACUCUUCUGCCAAUUCCAACUUACUCGGUCCGUUCGUAUAUUUGCACAGCUUGUGGCUCUGCUGGUAAUGGAUUUUGCUUUAGGUGUGCUUGUUGCGAAUUUGAUAUCCACUUGCAGUGUGCAUCUUGUCCAAGCUCAAUACUUAUUGACGAACAUCCACAUCAAUUGGGGCUCCACUUCGGUUCUCCUUAUGAUGAUAAGAGUAUCGCAUAUAUUUGUGAUGUCUGCAAUGUAAUAAUGAACAUCGACAAUAUGGCUUUACUACUGUGCUGGUUGUGA